CUUGCUCAAAGGUGUGACCAGCCAAUUGCCGGGCACAUCACGGAUGAAGGACGUUUAUUUCGGUACAUUAAUUGGAAAAUUGGCCAAAUAUUCCCACGAAGUUAACGGAGAGGUGUACGCGGUAGACGAGAGUACCUUGUUUAUCAAAAACUUCAACUACGAUGGCCAGGGGCCGCAGACAUUUUUCUGGGCCGGAAAUAGUCAGACGCCCGAUGACAGCGGUUUCAUAAUACCCGAUGAAAAGGGAUCCACAAAAUCGCUAAACGCCUAUCAAAAUCAAAACAUCGUAUUACGAUUGCCUGAGGGUAAAACAUUGCGCGACAUUAACUGGCUAUCUGUCUGGUGCCGGGAGUUUAAGGUCAACUUCGGCGACAUAGCGAUCGACAAAAAUUUAGACAUACCGUCGCCGGUGGAGAUACCAGCCCUCAGCCGACUCGCCCACGACGUCCGCAGCGGUCCCAUCACUAUAGUAGACGCCCAGACAUUUCUAGUGCCCAAUUUCUAUUACGAUGGUCAGGGCCCCGCUGGUUACUGGUGGGCCACCAAGGGCCCACGACAGGCACCAACUGGCUUACGGCUGAAGGACGAAAACGGAUCGCCGGCGCCGUUGCGGCGAUACUCCGGCGAAACGGUAGUCAUAUCACUGCCGGACGACAAAACCAUCUAUGACUACGACUGGCUGGGCGUCUGGUGUGAGGAGUUCAACGUGGACUUCGGGCACAUCCGUAUACCACAGCACAUCCGAGUGCCGCCAUCGCCCAAAAUGUUGGGCAUUAAACCCGAGGUGAGUCACACCAACCGACGCACAGACAAGGAGAAGGCUAUCAUAGGUCUGGCGCCCCCACCGGUGCCGCAAAUCUCUACUGAGGCACCGGAAGUGGACAGUAGACGAGUGGUGAGGCCUACUAGACGUAUACCGUCGGCCCCGAAACGGGCCGCGAUUAUAUUAACAUUGUUCACUAAAAUCAAUCACAUUUUACAGACUAAACUUAAUUGCGAAGUAUUAUACGACGAGUUGGGUUACGAAAUACGUUGGGUUAUGGAUGGCGACGAUAUUGUUAUGCAAUUGGUUGGCAAAGUUGAGCCCAACGAAUACAUGUCAUUUGGUUUAAGUAAAGACGAUUCAAAGUCCGAGAUGAUAGGGUCGGAUGCGGUGGUGGCAUAUGUCGCACAGGGAGGCAAUGGCAAAGCGGUCGACUAUUUUCUGGCCAGUAAAGAACAGUGUGUGGGUAAUCGGGGCAGUUGUCCGGACAUUAAGCAAAAGGGGGCCACCGAUAGCGUAACACUAUUGCACGCGGCUGUGGUGAACGGAUUCAGCAUGGUCACUUUUAAACGGCCACAACUGGGCCUGGACGAACAGUACGAUCAGCACAUAUACAGCGACGGCCCGCAGGCUGUCAUGUGGGCUAUUGGGCCGCUGAACGAGCGCCAGGAGACCAGCUAUCAUAGGCUGCACAACACGGGCGAUAUGUUUAUAGACUUUGCCCGUACGCCAAAGUGGAACUGUCCCCUUCCCGACGAGACCAUUAAGUCUAUGAGACCCCCGGGAGCUGCGCCAGCCCCCGGACCCGAUAGCCAACAGGGCAGCAAACCCUCGGCCAGGCCUCAGCUCCGACCCCAAGCCGCCGGACCUGCCGAGAGUCAGCCCCAACCACAACCCCGUCCCCAGUAUCAGCCCAGACCCGCUCCCCCACCGCCCCCUCCCCAGCCUCAACCUCAACAGGUUCAGGCCGGUCCCCGACCUAACCCUAAUGCCUGGCGAGUGCCUCCCAUUGUAUGUCCGGCCGAUACCACACUGAGGGCACAAAUUGGCCCCACCGGCGGUACCAAAGGUUACCAGUCCAUUACCGGCAAAGUUGGCUGGGGUUUAGCAUGGUACAUUAACGGAUUGUUGAUACCGGAACUGACUUUGCAACGAGGCAAAACAUACACAUUCAUCGUGGAGGGCGGCAAUGAGCGAAACAACAGCGCCCGUCGGCACCCGCUAUACCUGUCCGACGAUCCGAACGGCGGUUUUGACCACAAGACGGACGCCGAGCGCCAAAACGAGCAAAUCUUCGGCGGCGUCGGUAUAACACCGGACGGCACUAUUCUGCCCACCAGUGAGGGGCGACUCUGCGAGUGGAAAGUCAACCUCCGGGACCCGCGCCGGCCCGACGACUACCCAAACUUUUUUGACUUUCAACGCUCACUAUCGCUGGACUGCGCUCAGGGCAAUUCGGGCGUACUCCGAUUCACCCCGGACAAUCAAACGCCCGAUCUGAUCUACUAUCACUGUUACACGCAUCGCAAUCUGGGUUGGAAAAUACACGUGGUCGACAAUUGCGAUCAGCAUCAGCUGUUUGGCCAGUCGUCGGUGCCCAAGGCGUCGGUACUCAAGCCCGACCCUAUGCUGCUUAAGGGCGGCCCCGGAGGGCAGGAUGUGAACGAAAAGUCCAGCCAGUCUGACGGUACAGUCUAUUUUCCCGAUAUGAAACGCAUCAGUCCGACCAAUGGUAGCAGACCUACCGGUGCUGGAGAGGGACCGAGACCUCAGGCCCCGCCACCGGUCUAUAAACCAUCGGUGCGCCCAUUGAUAGCCCUCCAGAAGCCUAAUUAUAAACAUAAUAAACAGCACGUGUCGCCCAAACCUGUUGUACCGCAGAUACCGCCGCCCAACGCACAGUACGUGCCCCUUAGUUUGCCCCCCAUAGCUGGCCAACCAUACCACGGACCCCCGCCCUACUUGUUCUCUUACCCGAGCCCUCAACAAGGAUUUGGUAACUUCCCUAUAGGUCCAAUAAAACCAUUUGAUCAGAUAUUCCGACCUCCACCCCCACAACAAUCGCCAGCCCACGUAUCGCCCGUCCAAUACAUGCCCAUCCCGUUGGACAGCGUACAGCAGCCCCAACAUCAUACGGGCGGAGGGGGCGGUACAGAUGCUCAGUCAUCGCCCAUAGACAAUCUGCACGCCGGUUUCGUACCCAUGCUCAUCAAAACGGCCAAUCAAUCCAUUGUGAAACACUUUGAGCACAAGUCUCAACACAACACCCCAUCCAGACAGGGCGUAUUGGCCCCUGGUGCAAUUAGCAACACCGGCCAAGGGUACGGCAAACGCACGAAACCAAUACAUCCUCAGCAACAACAACAACGUCAACCCCAACCACAACAUACCAGUCCCUCAUCGGCACAGCCCACCCAACCCUCUUCCUCCUACGCCUCCCCCUCCAGCCAACCGCAGCCGUCGCCCACAACUAUCCACAACACGGCUAUAGUGGUGGACGAGUCGCCGCUCAAGUCUGAACAAGAGGUCAGCCCUAAGACUACGGUAAUUGUGAGCCCAAUGGCCGGGCAGUUGACUAAAGAGCAGCUUAAGAACCGCACGGAUCACACCAUAUUGAAUGACGUGAUGCGACUCAUAGCCCAAAACGCACCGGCGAUCGCCCCCACCGUCAGCUACCGGUCCGUACGGCACGUGUCGGCCGCCCAGGAUAUUGAUGUGCUUAACUAUAGGGCCAAAAGGGACACACAGUAUAGUCAUUAUAACAAUGAUAGGCACGAUUAUCAUGGUAAUAAUGGUCAACAACAUAGGUAUAGGUCUCCGGCCAGCGAUGAUUGUCAUAGAGCUAAAGCCCUGUCCGUACUGUCCCUACUGUUUACGACAGUA